AUGAGUUUGAAUGCUUCAUUGGGGAUUCCUUUAACAAAUGCUUCAUCAACAACAUCUGGAUCUACUGAUUUCGUUAAAAAACUGUUUUUGAUGCUUGAAGACAACUCAUAUGAUCAAAUUGUGAGGUGGACUUCAAAAGGUGAUUCAUUUGUUGUGCUGGAUACUAAUGAAUUUACAAAAGUCAUCUUACCAAAACAUUUUAAACAUUCUAAUUUUGCAAGUUUUGUUCGUCAAUUGAAUAAAUAUGAUUUCCAUAAAGUCAAAUUAUCCAACGAAGAAAAACAAUUGAAUGAAUAUGGAGAAGGUGCUUGGGAGUUUAAACAUCCUGAUUUUAGAAGACAUGAUCGUGAAGCUUUAGAAACUAUUAAAAGAAAAGGUCCAGCACAAAAGAGAUCAAAUGAAGAUACAGCUCAAGAAACCAUAAUAAAAUUAGAAGAUACAGUUUCUAAAUUAACUCACGACCAAAAAAUAUUGUUUGAUGAAUUGAAAGUGAUGAAUUCUAAAUACACUAAUGUGAUUGAAUCUAUAAUAACAUUGAAAAACACAAAUGAUCGUUAUUUUAGAAGUAUAAAUACACUGGUCAAUUGUCUUGCUUCUAACGGUAUUAAAUUACCUCAAUUAGACUUGCCUCCAAUAGAUUCACCAAUGAUUCAACAGCAAGCUCCACAACCACAACCACAACAACCAAAAGUUCAAAUGAUGAUUCAACAACCACAACCACAACAAGCUCAUCAACCUUCAUUACAUCGUUCUUCAAACUCACAAGGAUCCCCACAAGGCUUACAACAACUACCUCCUCAACCAAACCAACAGCCUUUGCCUGCACAACCUCAACCCCCACAACCUCAAGCACAGGAUUCAAGACCAGAAUCUCAACAAUUACAAUCUCCUUUGAAACCUGGAUUCCAUGUUUUAUUAGUGGAGGAUGAUAAUGUCUGUAUUCAAUUGUGUCAGAAAUUUUUGGUUAAAUAUGGAUGUACAGUGGAAGUUGUUACUGAUGGGUUAACAGCAAUAUCGGCAUUAGAAACUUCAAGAUAUGAUAUUGUGCUGAUGGAUAUCGUGAUGCCUAAUUUAGAUGGUGCCACUGCAACCUCAAUUGUUAGAAACUUUGAUAAUGAAACUCCAAUCAUUGCAAUGACUGGUAAUAUUGAUACCAAUGAUUUAGUUACUUAUUUACGACACGGAAUGAGUGAUAUAUUGGCCAAACCUUUUACAAAGAAUGAUUUGUAUUCAAUGUUGCAGAAAUAUUUAAGUAAAAGAGUUCCAUUAUUAUAUCAACAGCAAGGUUCAGUACCACCACCACCUCCUCAAGCUCAAGUUGAUCCAAAUGUUUCUCAUGGAGGUUCAAUUUCAAAUUCUGUUAGUCCUAAUGAAAAUGAUCAUAUAAACAAAAAACAAAAAGUAUGA